UUUUUUUUUUUAAAUAAAAUGGUACUGCGUACUUAUGGAAUAGAGUUCCAUGUAGUGAUGGCUCUAUGUAGUACUGUGCGCCUCCCAUGCUAGGUAGCAUCCGUUAACGUAUUAUCACGUUUGGUAAAGGGUUGAUGUGUUAUUUUUGUGUCAAACCGAGUGAACGUGAUACACAUAGAUAGUCACAUAGCUAGACACUUCGGGUUUGUCUGAAUGGAUGUACAUCAUUUUCUCAAGGUCAUUUAAUAAAGAAUCCAUUUAUUUGGGAUUUCUGAGUUCGUUUGGCAUGUUUUUGGUUUUGUGUCAAAUUCACGAGCUGGUCAAAUGGCGGCGCCCACUCGGUCUGCGUCAACGAACUAAAGAAAUCAGGUGCAGAGAGACAUUUUCACCGUUGCACUACAGUUUUGAAGCUUAAUGCAGACUAUAAUGAAGUAUGAGGACAAACCCAGCCUGCCUCUCUCCUUCCACAGUGAGUCCAAACCUACAGUCACUGGGUCCUGAUUGUGACAGUGGAGCCCAGUUUGCACUGGAGGAUCCAGAGAUGGCAUCAGUGAAGCUGGAAGACUGCAGUCAAACACUGGAGCUGAAUGUCAACAUUAAAGAUGAAGAAGAGGAGGAGAAGAUUGGGACAUAUGUUUCUCAUGGAGAUCAUGUUGAGACAUUCUCUACAUCCAGAGAGCAACAGCAGGAAGAUCACAGAGCUAAGAGGUCUCACCACUGCCCACAUUGUGAGGAGAUUUUCCCAAUUCUAUCGAAGCUAAAAAUACACCUAAAACUACAUACAGGAGAGAAUCUGCAUUUCUGCACUGACUGUGGGAAGAAUUUCACCACAUCAAGGGCUAUGAUAGUUCACCAGAGAGUACACACAGGAGAGAAGCCUUUCUCCUGCUCUGACUGUAGGAAGAGUUUCUCUCAAUCGAGCCACCUAAAACAACAUGAACGUAUACACACAGGAGAGAAGCCUUACUCCUGCUCUGACUGUGGAAAUAGUUUCUCUGGACGGGGACAUCUAAAACAACAUGAACGUAUACACACAGGAGAGAAGCCUUACUCCUGCUCUGACUGUUGGAAGAGUUUCUCUCACUCGAGCCACCUAAAACAACAUGAACGUAUACACACAGGAGAGAAGCCUUACUCCUGCUCUGACUGUGGAAAAUGCUUCACACAAUCGUCUCAGCUGAAAGUUCACCAGAGAACACACACAGGAGAGAAGCCUUACUUCUGCUCUGACUGUGGAAAUAGUUUCUCUCACCUGGGCCACUUUAAAACACAUGAACGCAUACACACAGGAGAGAAGCCAUACUCCUGCUCUGACUGUGGAAAAUGCUUCACAACAUCAACUGUGCUAAAAGUUCACCAGAGAACACACACAGGAGAGAAGCCUUGCUCCUGUUCUGACUGUGGAAAAUGCUUCACAACAUCAACUGAGCUAAAAGUUCACCAGAGAACACACACAGGAGAGAAGCCUUACUUCUGCUCUGACUGUAGGGCGAGUUUCUCUCAAUCCAGCCACCUAAAACGACAUGAACGUAUACACACAGGAGAGAAGCCUUACUACUGCUCUGACUGUGGAAAAUGUUUUAAAUCAUCAGCUGAGCUAAACGGUCAUCAGAGAACACACACACGAGAGAAGCCCUUCUUCUGCUCUUACUGUGGUAAGAACUUCUCCCGAUUGGCCAAUGUAAAAACACACCAACGGCUACACACUUGAGAGAAGCCUCAUCAGUUCUCUCACACCAGCUAAGAUUUGUCACUCCACUUAAUUCUCAUCUCAUAAAAUAAUUGGCAACGUUGAAUUGGAUCAAAUGAAGAAAGUGUAGAACACUAUUGUAAUCAUAUUGUUUCUCACUGUGAGAGAACAAUGCAGAGGAAAAGGAGCAUUACAGAAUGUCAGCCUCUCUUUACUGAUCAGUGUGCAUCUUGUCAGUUUUGCUGUGUUUUUUUAGCCCACGUCCAUAGAGACACAUACCAGCUCUACUGGUAGCACUGGUACUACCAGCAGUACCGCACCUGUUGACUGCACAAGUUGUUCUGCUUCCACGAACACAUCCAAUGCUAGCAUCAGUAAUUCCAAGUUUGUUGUUAGCCCAGCUAGCAUGGACACUGACAGUUGUGAAUCUGAUGCAGCCGCAGAGCUUCUGCCCCUUUACCCAGGAAAGCACUGAACAACAGGUGGAUGUUGGACCAUCGUAGAGGUGCAAAUAUGGUGAGAACUACAUUGAUUUGGGGUUCACAUAUAUUGGUAAUAGUGCCUUUCCUCAGCCACAGUGUGUUAUAUCUCACAACUCAAUGA